CUUGUCAAGAAUUCAGAAAAAUGUAUUAAUUUUAAUUAUUUUCGCUGAUUAUCAUACAAAAUUUUAUAAAUGUAGCUCCAUAAUGAUGUUGCGUACAAAUUUUUUAUCAAGAAUCAAAAAAGUAUGCAACACCGCUGCCCUUGUGCCGCGUAUCUUACGUGGCAACGAGCAGCGGAUCACACCAGUGUCAUGUGCUGCAGUAAAGAAAUCACCGAAAAGUACAAAAGCUACAGAUGAGGGUACUCAUGAAACGAAUCAGAAAGACAACGAUGAUGCCACAGUGAUGAAGAAACCCUCACUGGACAAAAAUAUCGAAGUAAUUAAUGUCAGUGAUAUAAACGAACCUAUCGGACCCUUAGUCAAUAUGCAAAGAGCUCUAAAGAAAUCACAAUACGAAAAAUGCCAAAGAAUUAUAGAAAAAGCCUUUGGAAAAGAAGAAGUUGAAGAACCAGAACUAACUGAACAUUAUUUUUCGAAGGGCGUCGACAUAGAACAGACAAAGCAAGAAAUAAUUAAGUCAGAACAGCUAAACUUAGCAGAAAGCUGGAUAACCGACGACAGAACACAGUUUGCAUUCUUCGAAACUGCUUCUAAAUUGGAGGAGGUACCUGAUAAACUGACGGAUAAACUAAAGGCAGAGUCUAAAAUCGUUGAUGCAGAUUUAUCAGAAAAUAUGAAAACCGACAACAGCAUACAGUUUGAAAUGUUUAAAACGUUGGAGGAAGAACCUGAAAAACUAACGGCGCCUGAGUCUAUGGUAAAAACUGAGCCGAAAAUCAUUGAUACAGACUUAUCAGAAAACGUAACCGACGAGAGAAUGACCGCUGAGAGAACACAGUUUGCAAUGUUCAAAACGUCGCCGAAAUUGGAGGAGGUACAUGAACAAUUGACGGCGAAGGAGUCUAUAGUAAAUGCGGAGCCGAAAAUUCUAGAUGCAGACUUAUCAGAAAAUAUGAUAACCACCGAGAGAACACAGUUUGCAUUGUUCAAAACAUCUCCUGAAUUAAAGGAAGAACCUGAAAAAAUUACGGCACCGGAGUCUACGGUAAAGGUGGAGCCAAAAAUUCUAGAUGCAGACUUAUCAGAAAAUAUGAUAACCACCGAGAGAACACAGUUUGCAUUGUUCAAUACGUCGUGUAAAUUGGAGGAGGUACCUGAAAAUCUGACGGCGAAAGAGUCUGCGGUAAAAACACAGCCUAAAAUCCUUGAAACAAGCUUAUCAGAAAAUAUGAUAACCAACAAGAGAACACAGCUUGCAAUGUUUAAAAUGUCUCCUGAAUUGCAAGAGGAACCUGAAAAAAUGACGGCGCCGGAGUUUAUGGUAAAGGCCGAACCGAAAAUCCUUGAUACAGAUUUAUUAGACAACAUGCUAACUGACGAGAGAAUAACCGACGAGAGAACACAGUGUGCAAUGUUCAAAACGUCUCCGAAAUUGGAGGAGGUACAUGAAAAACAUACAAUGAAGGAGUCUGUGGUAAAAACACAGCCUAAAAUCCUUGAUACAGACAUAUUACAAAAUAUAGUAACCGAUGAGAGAUUACAGUUUGCAUUGUUCAAAGCGUCGUGUAAAUUGGAGGAGGUACCUGAAAGACUGAUGACGAAGGAGUCUGCGGUAAAAUCAGAGCCGAAAAUUCUUGAUACAGGCUUAUCAGAAAACCUGAUAACAAACAAGAUGACGGCGCCGGAGUCUAUGGUAAAGGCUGAGCCGGAAAUCCUUGAUACUGUCUUAAUAGACAACAUGAUAACUGACGAGAAAAUAGCCAACGAGAGAACACAGUCUGCAAUGUUCAAAACGACUCCGAAAUUGAAGGAGGUACAUGAAAAACUGACAAUGAAGGAGUCUGUGGUAAAAACACAGCCUAAAAUCCUUGAUACAGACAUAUUAGAAAACAUAAUAAAUGAUGAGAAAAUACAGUUUGCAAUGUUCGAAACGUCUCCAAAAUUGGAGGAAGUCCCUGAAAAACUGACGGCGAAGGAGACCGUGGUAAAAACGGAACCAAAAAUCCUUAAUACAGACCCCGAUGAAGGUUUCGUUCCUAUGAAGCCAACGAUGAAUCAACGCUUGAUGUCUGCUAGAACUCCUGACGACUUAAUAAAGGGCACGGAAAAUAAUAAAGACUUGACCAAUGAGAAUUUGCAUCUGGAUGAAACUAUUACCAAAGAAGAAGUAGAUAAGUAUGUACAUAACCAUGAAAACUUAGAGAAAACGUUGUACGAAACGCAUGAAGAAUCAAAACAAAAUGCAGCUCAUACGAUAGACAUAGGUGAAACUAAAAAGGAACAAGAUGAACCACCAGUAAUAAAUAAAUGUAACAGUCAUAUCCCAAGCUUGGAACGUAAAACCGACCUCUCCAUAUUAAAAAGAAUAUACUUGCCUAACACUGCUGAUACGGACAUUUUUGUCGACAGCGACAAAAAGUUUAACCAAAUUUUGGAUACCUAUUUACAUCGACCCGUUCGGAAUAAUACCUUUGUUAAUACGACAACUGCGAAAGAAGAAAAGGAACAAUUAACACAGAAAGUAGAACAUAUUGAAGAAACACCAUUAGUUGAAGCUCAGAAACAACCCAUUGAAGGAUUUAGUAUAACUCCAAGAGUCUUGGGGGAAUUAGAGCAAGCCUACCGGUGGAUUAAGAACAAGCACGUAAAUCUUAUGGCUGGUAAGAAAUCGGACACGGGUGAAUUAGAUGAAGCGGCCAAACGUUGUCUGGACAGUCCAGUUGGUCAAAUUGAUGAAGCACUCCUCAACGAAUUGGAAAAGCUUGGCAUUCCCAUAACCACGCCAAACCAACCACGCUCUCCAGCUAUAGAUGACAAUCGAGUUCAAAUGGAUACAUUACGUAAGUGUGUUCAUUCAGAUAAAGGUAUGCACCCAGGACAACCAAUGUCAUUAAAUAACCAAGAAAAAUUACUACCUGACAAAGACGCUGAGGCUAAAGAACUAGCUAUGAAACUAGCUGCUGAAGAAGAGGCGGAGUCCUUGGCUAUAUAUCCAAGUCAUACACAUAUAGAUAAAAAUUACGAUAUACGAUUAGAGGAAAUUGACGAUCUAGAAACGGAGACUCCAGAAUUAAAACAACCAGGCAUUCAUACCCAUCGCACAACACAUGCUGCACAGGUUAAGCCUGGACAAAUUCCCUUUAUGGCUGCUACUGAUAUUUUAAUGCGAGAGCCUCCAAAAUGGGUCCCGUGCCAAAAUCCAAAGCUAUAUAUGAACCAAACAGAAAUAAAUGAACCCAAUAAGAAAUUAAAAACGCAACAGUUUUAUGCUAAACCAGACUUGGAAGGAACUAAAGAAGCUUUAACAGAAUCGAAGGUAGAAGAAUCGCCAGUAACUACACCAUGGAACCCGUUCGCAAAAGCAGGCUAUAGAUACGUUGUACAGACCGAUAAGUCUACAUUAUGCAAUAAGCGUCUUAAAAAAUCUUACGCUAAAGGAAGGGAAAAACCUUUAUACUACCAAUCAUCGACCGCAAACAGCAUGUGGAACUCUCAACGGAAGCCAGAGGUAAAAUACAGUCGUAAAAGUAUUUCUAAACCAACGGACAAAGCUCACACAUACCUCUCAAUGAACCUCACGAAUAGGGUUCUUCCUAGUAAAAACCAGACACUAAAUGCACGGUUGAACACUGCAGAUGAGCAAAUACAGAAAGACGUGAAAGCAGCAAAAGAAAUAAACGACGAAAAGUUAUUCUCACCACUCAGUAUACCGGAAGAAGAUCCUGUGCCGAAACCGGAAACAAAUUACAUGAAUCCGCCCCCAUUACAGCAACACUAUAAAAUUAAUUCAAAUGUAUCAGACGGCAUUUGGGAUGAAAAUGUGGAUGCAUUAACGCCUAAAGUGAAAAUGGAAGAUAAUCGUUUGCCGGAAGAAUUAACGAAAAAACAGUUAGAUCCCCGCUACGUUCUGACAUACAACGAGACCUGUCCUAUUUCACCUAAACCCGAACCCAGCCGUUUAAUGAAGUCAACCGAGGCUGUAUAUGAACAGGAUACUAAACCAAAAGAACUCAAUCUCAGUAACCUGCCCAAGCUGCCCAAGUUGAACGAGGAUGUAUCACUAUCAGAGCUCUUGAAAAGAGUGAGGGAAAGAAAUAGGAUAAUUGAAUGCAGGAACGAUCUCAAGGCUCUGGGAGUUGAAGUGGAUCCUAUCCAAGCCCAAGUAGGCAAAUGUCCAAAGAAGGCACCUCAAUGUCCGCCCACAGCGCCCAGGUCCCCACCGGCCAACCCAGUACCGCCGCCUCUCUUCGGCUUACCUACUCCCCCGCGGCGCCCACCCAGUUGUAAACCACGAAAACCUCGUACGAGAAAAUGCUCGUCUUGUGACAUGGAUCUAUCAUCUAGUUUGCGUCUGGGGCCUGAGUUUAACGUCCCAAUAGCAGAAAUGCAAGCAGAAAUGGUUUGUGAAAUGAAGGACAUUGGAGCUGAAGUGUGUGCUACGCGUUUAAAAGCUGAAUUGACGUUAGAGGUGAUUGAGAAACUCCAGACUUUGGGUAAGGUUCUAGGUAGACUGUUGCGACAGGGGAGAGCACAUAAUAUGUUCGAUAUCGGAAGCAUUGUGAGUACAAGUCAUCCAGGACAUAGAACAAUGCUGGCUAGAGACUACGCGCCGUGGACACCGAUCCCCUCUUGGCCAGCUCCGAAGCCACCAUGCAAGAGGAAACCUCCGUGUCAGGCUGGCUGCCCAUCCUGUCCACCUCCACGGGGGAAGAUGAAUCCUGAUCCGCCGUGUAAUUUAAAACCCUGCGAGGGUUUUCCUAAGAAAUCAUUUUCAUUAAUAGAUUGUUUCGCUGUUUCAGUAGGAGAGAACAGAGUGUAUGACAUUGGCCAGUUCUGACAGGUUUCAUAACCUGUAGAAGAGAUAUCAGAAAGGAUGAUAAACAGCGAAAAUAAAUUGAAUGAUU